AUGUACAGAUUGACGGCGCUCUCGCGUGCCGCUAGACCCCUCUCCUCGAGAAUUGCUCAACAGGUACCCAAGCGCGCACCUGUUCUUGCCAGCUCUUCAUUCCACACCAGCCAAUCUCGCUUCGCCAAGACAGCUCCCGAGACGAACGAUGCAUUCCUUCAGGGCAAUGCCGCAAACUACAUUGAGGAAAUGUACGAAGCUUGGUUGAAGGACCCUUCGUCUGUCCACUUGUCGUGGCAAGUGUACUUUAAAAACAUGGCCAACGGUGUCUCACCCGGCCAGGCCUAUGCACCUCCUCCUACUUUGGUGCCCUCGGGCAGCGCUCGCCUCCCUAGCUUGCCCGACGCAGUCAUCCCUAACGCCAUGAACGGUUCGUCGUCAGAAAUCGUCGACCAUAUGAAGAUCCAACUUCUCGUGAGAGCAUAUCAGGUGCGCGGUCACCAUCUCGCCAACUUGGAUCCCCUUGGAAUCCAGCACGCCGAUAUCCUCAACUCCAGCCCACCUGAGCUGUCGCAUUCGUACUAUGGUUUCAGCGAAAAGGACCUCGACCGCACCUUCUCGCUCGGUCCCGGUAUCCUGCCUGCCUUUAUGGACAACGGCAAGUCCUUGACUCUCCGUGAAAUUAUCGACAACCUGAGCAAGACCUACUGCGGUUCGAUCGGUAUUGAAUAUAUCCACAUUCCUGACCGUGCUCAGUGCGACUGGAUCCGUAGCCGUAUCGAGACUCCUCAGCCGUUCAAAUAUAGCGUCGACGAGAAGCGUGUGAUUUUUGACCGUUUAACUUGGUCUGACAGCUUUGAGCGCUUCGUCGCCUCCAAGUACCCCUCCGAAAAGCGUUUCGGUUUGGAAGGUGGUGAAACUCUUAUUCCCGGUAUGAAGGCCCUGAUUGAUCGCUCUGUCGAUCUGGGUGUCGAGUCCAUUGUCAUUGGUAUGCCCCAUCGUGGUCGUCUGAACGUCCUCAGCAACGUCGUUCGCAAGCCCAACGAGUCCAUCUUUUGCGAAUUCAGCGGCUCUCUCGAGCCCUCUGAGGAAGGUAGCGGUGAUGUCAAGUACCAUUUGGGUAUGAACUAUGUCCGUCCUACUCCCUCGGGCAAGCGCGUCCAUUUGUCGCUGGUUGCCAACCCCUCUCAUUUGGAGGCUGUCAACCCCGUCGUUUUGGGUAAGACCCGCGCCCUUCAAUACUACAGCAAGGACAGCCAGCACCAGCACUCGAUGGCUAUUUUGAUGCACGGUGAUGCUGCCUUUGCUGGUCAGGGUAUCGUCUACGAAACCAUGGGCUUCCACGACUUGCCCGCCUACAGCACCGGUGGUACCAUCCACAUUGUCGUCAACAACCAGAUCGGUUUCACCACCGAUCCCCGCUUCGGCCGCUCGACCUCGUACUGUACCGAUAUCGCCAAGGCCAUCAACGCCCCUGUGUUCCACGUCAACGGUGACGAUGCUGAGGCCGUGACCUAUGUGAUGCAGCUCGCAGCUGACUGGCGCCAGACCUUCCACAAGGACGUCGUUAUUGAUUUGGUCUGCUACCGUAAGCACGGUCACAACGAAACCGAUCAGCCCAGCUUCACCCAGCCCAUCAUGUAUCAGGCCAUCAGCAAGCAGUCGCCUGUUGCCGAAAUGUACGCUGGCCAGUUGGUCAAGGAAGGCAGCUUGACUGCCGAUGAGAUCGAUACCAACAAGAAGCGUGUCUGGGGUAUUUUGGAGGAGAGCUACUCGCGUAGCAAGGACUACAAGCCUACUUCGCGUGAAUGGUUGUCCAGCUCGUGGCCAGGCUUCAAGUCGCCCAAGGAGUGCGCUGAAGAGAUCUUGCCCCACAACCCUACUGGCGUCUCAAUGGAAACCCUCCAGCAAGUUGGUGCCUCGUUGACCGCCUUGCCCCAGAACUUCAAUGUCCACCGCAACUUGAACCGUAUCCUCCAGAAUCGCGGCAAGGCCAUCAACGCCGGCAAGGACAUCGACUGGUCUACCGCCGAAGCUUUGGCAUGGGGUUCGCUUUUGUUGGAAGGCAAGCACGUCCGCUGCACUGGUCAGGAUGUUGAGCGUGGUACCUUCUCGCAGCGUCACGCUGUGCUGCACGACCAAAAGACGGACGAACACUACACUUCGUUGAACCACAUUUCGCCCGAGCAAGGCCAGCUGACCAUCAGCAACUCGUCGCUGUCCGAAUACGGUAUCCUCGGUUUCGAGCUUGGCUACUCGCUUGUCGACCCCAAUGCUUUGGUUGUUUGGGAAGGACAGUUUGGUGAUUUUGCCAACACUGCCCAGUGUAUCAUUGAUCAGUUCUUGGCUGCCGGUGAGCAAAAGUGGUUGCAGCGCACUGGCUUGGUCAUGACCUUGCCCCACGGUUAUGACGGUCAGGGCCCUGAGCACUCUUCUUCCAGAAUCGAACGUUACUUGCAGCUGUGCGACGACAACCCAUACGUCUUCCCUUCGCCCGAAAAACUGCAGCGCCAGCACCAGGACUGCAACAUGCAGGUCGUUUACGCCUCGACGCCUGCCCAGUACUUCCACGUCCUCCGUCGUCAAAUCAACCGUGAGUUCCGCAAGCCUUUGAUCCUUCCUUUCUCCAAGGCUUUGCUCCGCCAUCCUCUUGCUCGCUCUUCUUUGGAAGAAAUGUCUGCUGGCACCAGCUUCCAGCUCUACCUCCCUGAACCUCAUCCCGAGACCCUCGCUGAGCCCGAACAGAUCACCAAGCACAUUCUCUGCAGCGGUCAGGUCUACUACAACUUGCUUAAGGCCCGUGAGCAGCACGGUCUCCAGAACGUCGCCAUCUCGCGUGUUGAGCAACUCAACCCCUUCCCUUACCAGCAGGUCAAGGAACACGCUGACAAGUACCCCAACGCCGAGAUCGUCUGGUGCCAAGAGGAACCCUUGAACAUGGGUGCUUGGGCUCACGUCCAGCCUAGAAUCACCACCGCUCUUUCCGAAACCACCCACCAUGCCGGCAAGUCGCCCAAGUAUGCUGGCCGUGAGCCUUCCGCUUCCGUCGCUACUGGUAACAAGAAGAAGCAUUACCAGGAAGAGCAGAAUCUGCUCAACCAAGCCCUUUUGACUGAAGCCUAA